AAUUGUAGUGGGACUAAGGAUUUCCAAUUUCUUACAUUCCAUAAAACGCAAGGAAAGAUCCUUGUCUUUCUCUUACGCACCGCACCACACCACACCACACCACAACACUCCCUUCUUCCUUUCUUUUCUAUCUUCCUUCUCCUCCUUCCUAAUUCCUGAUUCCCAAUUCCUAUUUCUAUUCCCCUUCAUCUUCACUUUUUUUAUUUAAAUCAAUCCCCACAUGGCUUCUUUCUUCUCCAUUCAUAUUUCUCUAUCUCUUUGAGACUUCUUCUCACCCAUUUCCUACCAUAUCAUUCUUUUCCCCUAUGGACAACAUUUCAACCUUUGUCCUCAAUGGAGGAUCCAUCAGAUUGCCUGUUGGAUAUCGAUUUUGCCCUACAGAUCAGGAGUUGGUCUCCCAUUACCUGAAGAGGAAGGUCUUUCAUUUGCCACUUCCUGCUUCUAUUAUUCCUGACGUCGAUAUCUUCCUCACAGAUCCAUGGGCUUUGCCAGGGGAUUUGAAAGAAAAGAGAUUCUUUUUCAGCAAACAGAAGAGUUUCUUUAGGAGGAGUGCUGGGUGUGGGAUAUGGAAGUCUAUUGGGAAAGAGAAGUUGAUAUUAAGCCAAGAGCCGAUGAACCAGUUGGUUGGUUUUAGGAAAACUUUGGUUUUUUCUGAAUCUAAGUUUUGUGAGAGAACAAGUGCAACUCGGUGGGUCAUGCAUGAAUAUCGAUUGCCUCCCUCUGCAUCUCCAACAACUCCCAACUCAACACAGCAGAUUGAAAUGGGGGAUUGGGCUGUGUACAGCUUGUUUCAAAAGAGAAGAAGGCCUAAGAGGCAAGGGGUGGAAGAGAAGCAGAGAUUGAGUGUAGCCAAGGAGGCAAGCGUAUUGGAUUUGAGGGUGGAGGAUGGUUGGGAAUUUCCACAGCCUUCUUCGUCAAGUUCAAGUGGAGUCACUGAAGUUUCUUCAAAUGCUACAGAUCAAGAAGAGAGCAGCAGUAGUUUAGGCUUAGGCUUAGGCUUUUCUUCAUAUUUUUCUCAAGCUCACGUGAGAGGGGUGUGACUUAGAGAUACCCCUCUUCUCUUCAGCAGCUCAACGUUUGAUUUGUUUUGUUCUGUUUUGUUUUGUUUUGGGUUGCUCUGGCUCUGAUUAAGUAACGACAAUGAGUCAAAAAGAGAAGAACCAAAAGGAAAAAAAGGCAAAUUUAACUUGGGGGAAAGCCAAAAGAGAAAGAAAGAAAGAUAGAUGUCUUUUUUACAUUUCCACCUUUUCAAUGCAAUUUGAGUUUCCCACC